CCUCUCACGACGCAACGAUGAACAGCUCUCUGCCCAUCAUCCAGGGGCACGUCGCCACCGCCCUCCACGUCGCACAGGACUAUGUCGUCGCUAACCCCAUACGCUGUGCUGUCCUUGCCGUCCUCUACUCCCCCAUCAUUGCAAUUAUCCUCAAUGUUCUGAGGCAAAUCGUCAUCCCCAAGGACCCUUCGCUGCCACCCGAAGUGUUCCACUGGCUUCCUAUCGUUGGCUCAGCAAUCCAGUACGGUAGCGACCCUCUCAACUUCUUCUUCAAGUGCAGAGAGAAGUAUGGCGACGUCUUCACCUUUGUCCUCCUCGGUCGCAAAAUCACGGUUGCUCUUGGAAACAAGGGAAAUAACUUCGUCCUCGGUGGCAAGCACACCUCGUUCUCGGCAGAGGACGCAUACACUCACCUCACCACCCCGGUCUUCGGCAAAGAUGUCGUGUACGACGUUCCCAACGAAGUCUUCAUGGAGCAGAAGAAGUUUGUCAAGUUCGGACUUUCAGCAGACAACCUACGCAGCUAUGUCGGCAUGAUUGAGGACGAAGUUGAGGAGUUCAUGAAGAACGAUGGCAGCUUCUUGAUCUAUCAAAUGAACGAUAUCAACGAAUGGGGUCGUUUCGACGUCACUGAGGCCAUGUCCGGGCUCACCAUUUUGACGGCUUCGCGCACGCUCCAGGGCAAGGAAGUUCGUGAUGGCCUUAACAAAUCGUUCUCUGAGCUGUACAAUGACCUCGACGGCGGAUUUACACCUCUCAAUUUCAUGUUCCCCAACCUUCCUCUUGAGAGCUACCGUCGCCGCGACCGUGCUCAUGCGAAAAUGAGCCAAUUUUAUGUUGACAUCAUCAACAAACGCAGGGAAGGAAACUCGGAUACCGACCACGACAUGAUUGCAGCUCUCAUGGACCAGAAGUACCGUGAUGGCAGGUCUCUGCGUGAUCACGAGAUUGCCCACAUCAUGAUUGCUCUUCUCAUGGCCGGCCAACACACCAGUUCUGCUACUAGCUCGUGGGCGCUUCUCCACAUUGCCCACGACCAAGCCGUCCAGAAAGCGCUUUACGAGGAACAGGUCAAGUACUUCGGUGCUGGUGAAGGCAAGUUCCGCCCUCUCACCCAUGAAGAGCUCCGUCAACUCCCUAUUCUGGACUCGGUCAUUCGCGAAACUCUUCGCAUGCACCCUCCGCUGCACAGUCUGAUGCGCAAGGUUCGCGAAGAUGUCCCGGUCCCUCCUACGCUCUCUGCUCCCUCCAAGGAUGGCACAUACGUCGUUCCCAAGGGUCACUUUGUCCUUUCCUCCGCCUAUGUCAGUCAAAUGGAUCCCCUUGUCUGGUCGAAGCCCAACGAUUUUAACGCUGCUCGGUGGAGCGAACCCGACGGUGCUGCGGCGGAAGCCUUCCGUGUAUACAGCGAUGAGACUGGCGAGAAGGUCGACUAUGGUUUCGGUGCUGUGAGCAAGGGUACGGAAAGUCCAUACCAGCCGUUCGGCGCUGGCCGGCAUCGGUGCAUUGGCGAGCAGUUCGCCUACCUUCAGCUUGGCACAGUCAUUUCGACCAUCAUUCGCAAGGUCGAGCUCCGGCUCGAGAGCGACAAGGUUCCAGAUCACAAUUACCACACCAUGAUUGUGAUGCCCAAGAAGCCGCGUAACAUCUGCUACAGACGACGGAACUUCAACUGAAAAGACAGGUGUUGCUGAAAAUUAGAUAUACUAUACCAUACUAGAGUACUACGUUUUUAUUACGAGUUAGAUAUCCCGGAAUAUUAUGAUGCUUUGAG